AUGCAAGGUUCAAAUUCGAUUGAUAUGAAUCAAUUACGAAACCUGAUGAGCCUGCCGCUUAUUGAGAGUAUAACCUGUGUUGCUUCAGAUGGUGAAACGGGCGGUGACGAGAGGCAGGAGGUUGAAAUGGUAUCAAUGCCACUCGCUCAAAACCUUACUUCUAUAAAAUUUCUAAGGAGUAAAUUGGCGCUACCGGCGCCGGGCAAGAUACUCAGCGCUACACCAAACCUCCGACAACUCGAAUAUGACUUUUGGAUCGAUAGAAAGCUCGAUGAGGAGCCGGCACAAUACUAUGACUGCGAACAGCUGGACAACGCGCUACAACCGGUGCGCAAUAUACUUGAACGACUACGCCUAAGCGUUCUUUACCACGGCGACCAUACGGUCAUGUACCCCAAUGACUGGACUUGA